UCUCGAAUUAACGUUAUCUCCUCAACCGAAUUUUGCGCACACGAACGAUUUUCACGGUAAUGUACAGGUACGACAACGUUCGUAUUAAAAUCAUUUGGCUAUACAAUGCCAAAAAUCAACGCAAAGCUUUUUUGGGGUGCGCGAAAACGAAAUUUUUCGUGGAUUUUUAUGCAUUUUGGUGCCAUGCACCCGGUCACGGUCAAUUCCCUUAACAACAGCCAUCACAGAUACAGCGAGCUGCGUAAUGGCCAUUAUGGCACAUAGGUACAAACAGCUGUCUGACGGUACAACAUACGUCUGCAGCGAUCGAUCGACAUGCAAUUGCUGCACCUGUGUCUGGAAUGAGCGCACGCUACUGAACAGGUUUCAUUUCUGUUUUUCUGCAAAACAAAGAGCUGACUGCUGCUACCGAGUAAUAAAUUAUGCGGUGGAAAUAUGCUGGUGGCAGGCAUUAUCGCGUUUAGUUUCUUCAUUACCGUGUCAUGGCAGUUCUUCGGGCCGGUACAGUUUGGCUUCUUCGUGGAAGAAGUGCUCGGGCAGCGGGCGACGGCGACCAGGCGAGUGGCUCCUCUGGGCCAGUGCCCCGGGGAUUUCGCCGACUGGCCGGGGAAUUUCGUCUUUGUGACGGUGAAGACCACGGCGGCCAACCAUGCCAACCGGAUUAAAUGGCUAAUGCAGACAUGGAUUCCGCUGGCGCUAUCCAUCCGCGGGAAAAACAACGAGAGCCUGGUCAAGUCGACCCGAAGGUCCCGAACUCUGCUGAAAGCGUUGAGAGCAGGCCGAGCUUUGCGGAACUCCAUCAGUUCUUCUCCAGUGUCAUUCGGUGUGUAUCCUCGUCCUGUCGAGGACUUCACUCUGUACUACGGUAGAGGCACUAAUGCCAGACAGCUCUCCCUGCACAAUGCCAGCACGGACGAACUGGAGCAUCUGUCCCGUGCCUGUGAUCCAGCCAAGUUUGGACGGAAUACAGAGGCUGUUCUGGACGAAUCCUUCCGUAGGGCUGGUAAACUGGACGUCGACGUGUUCGCCACGAAGUUCGACGCGGAACGGUCGGGUUUGUUGGGGCGGAUAAAGAGUGAUCUGCUGUCGGGAGACGAGCAUAACAGACAUGUCGAAGCGGAAUUGUACAAGCUCAAUGUCUACGCGAAGCUGCUGGAUUUGGCGAAGUUGCUGGAUGAGCCGGAUUUCUUACCGAAAGGCGGACUGAUUGGUUUUGGUCUGCAGUAUCAGUAUCCGAUUGCCGUUGAUCUUAAAAAACCGUUUGGAUCCACGAUGGAGUAUCUGAAGGGCAGCGAUGCCAUGAUUCGCCGCGUGUGCAAGGAACUGUCGCUGCCCAUCCAGCUGAAGGUGUACACUCAGGACGACCGGGAAAACGUCGCCGUUUUAACGGAUCAUGUUAUUCAGUUUAAAGAGUCCAGUUGGGUCGAUGGAUAUGUUUUUCAAGAAUUAGCCCGUGAAAAGGGUGCGAUUGUUCUUCUUAAUGAGGACAAGGGCGAUAGUGAUGGUGAAGACAGGGAUGAUUGUGAUGAUGAGGAUUGGAGCCCGGACCUUGAGGGCAUGGGAGGUGUGAGCAUCCAGUGGAUUACGGAAAUGGCACAACGAAACAUCACUAGGACCGCGUUUGUUUUUCACGGAAAUCAACCAGAGUUAGAUUACUGCUAUGGCACCAUGUGCCUCAUUGCGGAAGUUGGCCCUGCUGGAGACCGAAAGACCCUUCAUGUCCGGCCAACUAAAAGCCGCGAUCGCAAGUGAACCGUAUGAAGAAUGCAUGUUUGUUUUCUCUUUCGAACAGCAUGCAUUAGUAAAUGUGUGCCGCAGCAGUUUGUAUCACACUUGGGACUACACAUGCAGCAGGCGGUACACUGGGCUGGUGUCCCUGGAAUUUUUUUUGAAUAUGGCACAUUUUGGGGUAUCUACUAUCCUGUACAGCUUUUUGGUACUUACUUAUAUCACCGGGAAAUGACGCCAUGCUGUUUGGUGCUAUAGAUGCCGAUACACACGUAUCCUUUAUGCCGAAAAGUAUUAGAUUAACUACUGUAGUUUUGGCUUUUAGUCGGAGCGCCGAAUUUCUGAGUACCACAUACAACUAAACCGAAAGAAGUCCAUCCAGUGCACGCUUCAGCACACAAUGCCACCCGGCAAAACGUAUGCAAAAUGUGCUGCUUAAAUGCGGCGAAACCGAGUUACACGAACUUAUUUCCGUUUUAACGAAAUACGAUUGCUUUUAACUAGUUUCUAACUCACAUACUGCGCAGUUUUACAAGUUUUUCUAGUAGACCACUGUUCUCUUUGAUUCGAUGCUGUGUAGAGGCUAUUUCUUCCCCGACAGCAAACAAAGCUUCUUCUUGAAACGCCAGUUCCCGUCGCAGUUUUU